AUGUUGUAUAGUGUCUUGGGCUUAGGAGCUGUCUCCUUCAAUACUGAAAAGGAUAUUCCUGACCUUUCUGGCAAAGUCAUUCUUGUUACCGGCGGGAACAUUGGUUUAGGCCUCGAAACUAUCCUCCAGUUGUCUAAACAUAAUCCAUCGCACAUAUAUCUCGCCGCACGAUCCGAACCUAAAGCCACAGCGGCAAUCAAAGAAAUACAAUCCAAAGUCCCAAAUGCGCCCAUUACAUUUCUUCAAUGCGACCUUACCUCCCUCCCGUCAGUCCAAGAAUCUGCCAAACAGUUCAAUAGUAAAGAGUCCCGCCUCGAUUUAUUGAUUUUGAAUGCGGGAAUCAUGGCGGUUCCAGCUGCGACUACAGAACAAGGCUAUGAAAUCCAAUUUGGGACAAAUCAUGUCGGACAUGCUCUUCUGACAAAAUUGCUGCUUCCCACAUUGUUGAAGACAGCAGAGCAGAAGGACGCAGAUGUGAGGAUUGUCUCAUUGAGUAGUGUGGCUCAUACACUAGGUCCUGUUGGAGGUAUCAAAUUCGACGACUUAAAAACGGAUAUGAAUAGUUAUACGACAAUGUCUCGAUAUGGACAAUCAAAGCUGUCGAACAUUCUUUUCGCCAAAGGAUUGAACAAGAGAUAUGGCGAGAAAGGUAUCACAGCUGUGUCUGUUCACCCGGGAGUAGUCAACACAAAUUUGUAUGCGACCGCUUUUGAGAAAUAUGGAGUUUUCGGUAAAAUCGCGGGGUUAGUAAGAAACUUGGCUUUUACAAGUAUGGCUGAUGGUGCGAAGAAUCAACUCUGGGCUGCAGUGGCAAACAAGGGCGAUGCAAAAGGCGAAGUUUUGAAAGGGGAAUACUACACACCUGUAGGGAUUUCUGGCAAUGGAAAUAAGUACACAGGAGAUGAGAAGUUGGCGGAUGAACUGUGGGAGUGGACUGAGAAAGAGCUGGAAGGGUACAAGAUUUGA